GUUUUCAAAUGCACCAGCAGAGUGCGCUAAGUUCAGUGUUGAAAAAAAAAGUCAAUGUUUGUACCUUCAUCCAUACUUAUAUUUAUUUUUUAACAGUUUGAAUGAACUUUGAUUAUUUAAAAAAAACUAUUUAAUGAAACGAAAGCUUUAAUAAUUUUUCAACAAUAAAUAAUAUUACUAACGAUAACAUAUAAAUAAAACAUUUCGAUCAAUGCCAACUUAAAGAAAAAACACUUGUUAAUUUUCUGUCUCUAAGUUGAUACCAUUGCGCGCAUCACACGAAAGCAUCACUUUUGAGAGUGCUCAAUUGUGCGAAGCGUUGCUGUAGUUGGAACACUGAACGUUAAGCAUUAUGCCGCAUAAUGCGCAAUAAUGCUGUAAUUGGAAAGCAACCCCAGUAUGCUUUCCAAUUACAGAGCAUAAUGCUCAGAAAGAAGAUUAAUUUAAUUAAAGACCAGGUUGUAUGGGCAUUGUUCCCUUUGCCUUCCCAAACGGGAGAACUUCAACAAUAAAAAAAAAGUAAAAAAAAACAAAUACUUUGUUUUCGGUUUUCGCCUUUUUAAUUGUUUUAUCGUAAAUCGGUUUGCUUCUAUUCUAUCUUCGUGUUGUUUGAAGAAAGUAAAAAGCAAGGUAAAUUAAAUUUCACUGAAUGCGCAAUACUAAUUAAUUUUUAACUAUAAAGUUAUUGACAAAAAAAUAUCUGGAUAAACUUUGUACCUAGGUACUUGUAAAAAUGUAAAUAAUAAGUUAUGCAAUGUAUUACAUCACAAAUCGUAGAAAAAGGCAUUUAAAGCACAUGCUCAUUUUAUUUUUUAUUGCUUACUCACCUCUGUCCUCUGAAAUCCUAAAAAACAAUGUUAAACAACAUGAAACCAUUCAUCUCCAUUUUUAGCUGUACUAAUUGGUAUCUGAAGUAUGUUGGGAUACCUGUAACAGUUGGCAUUGCUGUUUAUGUUUUACUAAACCAAAUAUGCACGAAAAGACGUCGUGCUGCAUUGCAAGGAAAGGUUGUUCUCAUUACUGGAGCAAGUUCUGGUAUAGGAGAAGCUUUAGCACAUGCUUUUUAUGAUCAAGGAAGUAAAGUGGUUUUAGCAGCACGGCGUUUAAAUGAGCUGGAAAGGGUAAAGCAAGAUCUGCAAUCAAAAAAGCUGCCUAUAAAAACACAUGAACCAGUAAUUCUGGUUUUAGAUCUUGCGGAUCUAGACACAAUAGAUAACUUUGUGCAAAAGGUUUAUGAACUUUGUGGGAACAUAGAUAUUCUGAUAAACAAUGGUGGGGUAUCCCACCGUGGUUCUAUAUUACACUCCAAAAUGGAGGUGUUUAAGCAAAUCAUGUUUAUCAAUUAUUUUGGAUCUGUUGGACUGACUAAAGCUGUAUUGCCAAAAAUGGUUGAAAGGAAGAGUGGGCACAUUGUUUUUGUUAGCUCUGUACAAGGUCUUAUUGCCAUACCAGACCGUGCCGCAUAUGCAGCAUCUAAACAUGCUAUGCAAGCGUUCGGCGAUUCCUUACGUGCAGAAAUGAAGCAACAUCAAAUCAAUGUGACAGUUGUUAGUCCAGGAUAUAUUAAAACUGCCGUUUCGCUAAAUGCUCUUAAUGAAUCUGGUGGUUCGCAUGGAGUGAUGGAUAAGAGCACUGCUUCUGGAUUCACUGCGGAAUAUCUUGCUGAAAGAAUGCUGAACUCAAUAGUUAACAAAGAGAACGAAUUAAUAGUCAGUCAAUUCAUACCCAAUCUCGCCAUAUUCUUGAGACACUUUACACCAUAUGUUUAUUUCUGGUUUAUGGGGAAAAGGGCUAUGAAUACAAAAUUACAAAAUUAAGAAUAUAUGUCUUAAGAAUCGGCGCCUAAUGUUUAUAUAAAGCGAGACAUAUAUACUUUCAAACUAAUAAACGGAUCGUCCCUGCCUUUCAUGUCACCUGGCCUGUUAUCGAGCUUUGACCAAAUGCAAGUACAUAACCAAAGCUGAUCAGCAGCUUCGAUCCGAGUGGUGGUGGAUGUUGUGCGAUUAAUGGUGGCGGUAAUUUGCAUAUUUGUUUUCUUAAUUUACCAUCUUGCGAUUAAAGUAGGACCGCGCCGUCAUAAACUAAGCUUUCUGAAGUUCAAUAUAUCAUAUAAGAUUCUGAAAUCUAUGUCUAACGUCGUAAAGAUAAAAAAUAAGAGAAUAUUCAAGGCUGAACUAACUAGUGCUGUAUGGAAGGACCUACUUAAUUAUAUAGAUUUAAAUGUAGGCGUAGCUAGGGAUUUUUCCUGGAGGGAUGAGUCCAGUUGACUUACAUUCAUUAGAAAUUAGUUUCCAACACUUGAAUUUUAAGGUCGGCAGAGAGGUUUCUAGGGAGGGUAGCAAUACCUUUGCAAUUAAUGGGGUUAGUAAUGUAAGAGCGAAGUAGUAGUAAGUUAAGACUAGUGAAUAAAUAAAAUUGUACGAAGGGUGUAACGCCAUCAGUUUACCAUUCUUUUGGUUAUUUAUUUCUAGUGCCAAUGCUUUUGGUCUAAAUCAGAAAGUCGGCAUUCUAGGAACAGGCUUAGAAUGUACAACAUGUCCAUGUUGUAGUAGUUCAGAGAAGAAAAUACAGAAAAAUAUCGAGAAUACAUGGUUUCAUUUUUAGUUAUAUUGACUGUUCGAGGACGUUUUGUUCGAGGACGUUUUGUGCAGAGCUGGAGAGCGUUAUAUGAUAGAGGCGCUGGGUAUUAUGUGUACAGGAAGUGUUUUUUCGAGGGUUUCUAGGAGGGAAUAAGGAGAACUAAUAGGACGGGGAAAACGAUUUGAUAAUGUUUGUUGUCGAUCCUUGACUAAACUGUGCAUUAAAACGUGAUGGGGUUAUAUGGGACAAUUUUAAUUGGGAGGAUAUUUCAGUCACAGUGUCUCCCUUCUCGUACAUUUCUUUGGACUGCUUAACCACUUCCUUUAACUGUUGUUUGUUUGCGUAUAUUUGUGAUCCUAGACGUCUCUUGGUUUGGUAAUUCUCCGACCUUAAAAAUAAUCAGGAUAAAACAUUUAAUUUCAAUGAAGUCUCCAGCUAGUGGCCAAAUUGUCAAGUUUCCAGCUAGUGGCCAGAUUGUCUAAGUCGUAAAAGUAAGUCUGGGUCGUCCGUCGGACCUUGCAGCCGUAUAAAAACAAUUGCUACUGGGUUCGUAGAAGAUGGGAUGGAAUUCAUCGCGGAUUUUCUGUUUCAGCAUCUGAAAAUUCUCGCAUGAACUAUUUUGUAGUAAAAUGAUAAAGCAGGGCCAUUUAAAUAUGGCUUUUAUAUACGAUUUGAUGUGAAAACUUCCUUUUUAUAUACUUUUUGAAGUGAAAACUUCUUUAACGGCGUUGUACACUUUUUUUUAUCAUGGGUAAAAACUGUUAAACUUGCCUCAGGACACGUGGCCUUAUCACGUCAGUCCUGACGUCCUGGUUAGGUCACGUGUCCACGUGACCUCAUCGAAAAUUCGUAAGACGAAAACAAUAAAAUUGGAAAGGUUGUUGACUUUCAAUAUAUUGGACGAAACAUAGUAAUAUUUUAUUUUAUCGUAUUAUAAUAAUAAGUCUCUAAUUAGGUCUUCAAGGUGGCAACUUUAUUGCGAAGAAAAUGCAUUUUUUUUACAAUAGAUGUCGCUAGGUUCGCUUAAAUGUGAUUCAUGUAAGUUGAUUUUUCUGAGAAUAAACUUUUCAAUGUAAUAUAAAUUGUCAUGUUUGUGUACGAUAGCGCAAUAAAUAAAUAUUGUAUUCUACCACAUAAAUGAUUCCAGCUCAUUGGGUUGUCUGAAAGAAUCGCUCAUUAGCGAUAAGACCGCCCUUUGUGCAAUGUUGUAUUUUUCUACUUGUUUUGUAUCUGCUUAUUUUGUUACUGUUUGUGCAAUAAAGAGUUUUUAUCUUAAAUGAUAGUACUUUUAUACUGAUAGUUAAAGCAAUUCGUGCAAAAUUAUUCUCUAACCAUUCCAAAAUAUCAAAAAUGCACAACCCAAUCCGCAUCCCGGAGUGCAACCCGAGGUUGUCGUCACGUCACGUAACCGGCGCCUCCACAAUAUAACGCUCUUCGGCUGCAGAGAACGUCUUCCAAGAUUUAAUAUAACUGAAAAUGAAAAACUGGAUUCGCGGUAUUUUUAUAAAGCAAACGCAUUAUUUUAAUUUGAUUCUUUUACUUUUUUUUUUAAUUUCUUAUUCUUUUGAAUGCCAGCUGUUGCACUGGCAAAUAAGCAAAAAGGAUGGUAACGCUGCAGAAGUUAUCCGUUAAGUACUGUGAAAAUAUUCCAUAAGCUUAUUUACUGCCUAGUCACUGGAAGAAAUGUGCAUUUAGAAUUUCAUGAGAGUAACACUGUAUGUGUUAAGUUUAUAGAACAUAUUAUUUAUGGAACAUAUUGUAUUUAUUAUUUAUUAAAUUAUUGUAUUUAAUUGAUUUUUUUAUUAAAUUAGUUUUUUUACAAACCCC